UGAGGUUGCUCGUCAGCCCUGUUCCCAAGCCCUGUGAGGGCUGGCGUUGGACCAGAGGCGUCUGACUGCCCCAGGCAUGCUGGGCUAAGGGUUGAACGCUAGAAGGAAGCCGUCUGAGAUUCUCAUCUCAGUGAGGUCAGCAGCUUGGAGGGAGACUUCUGUCAGGGGAAGUGGACUCGCUGCAAAGAGAUCAUGGCCUCAUCCCGACUAGUGGCAAGAUCUAGAGAUAUUGCCAAUGUCAUGCAACGACUUCAAGAUGAGCAAGAGUCCGUGCAGAAAAGGACUUUCACAAAAUGGAUCAACACUCACCUGGCUAAGCGCAAUCCUCCCUUGCUGGUGAAUGAUCUGUUUGAAGAUAUCAAGGAUGGCGUAAUGCUAAUUGCCCUUUUGGAGGUUCUUUCUGGGCAGAAGCUGCCUUGUGAGCAGGGACGUCAACUGAAGAGAAUUCACUGGGUUGCCAACAUUGGCACAGCUCUUAAGUUUCUAGAAGGAAGACGGAUUAAGCUUGUCAACAUAAACUCAACUGAUAUUGCUGAUGGCAGGCCUUCUAUUGUGCUUGGCUUGGUGUGGACCAUAAUUUUAUAUUUUCAGAUUGAAGAGCUUACCAGCAACCUCCCACAGCUGCAGUCAUUGUCUAGCAGUGCUUCUUCUGUGGAGAGUGUUGUCAGUUCAGAAACUGCAAGUCCUCCAAGCAAACGGAAGGUGGUAACCAAGGUCCAAGGAAGUGCCAGGAAGGCUUUGUUAAAAUGGAUACAGUACACAGCAGCAAAGCAAGUUGGAAUUGAAAUCAAAGACUUUGGACAAAGCUGGAGAAGUGGUGUUGCAUUUCAUUCUGUUAUUCAUGCUAUCCGCCCAGAUUUAGUGGACAUGGAGAAAGUGAGGGGAAGGUCAAACAGAGAAAACCUGGAAGCAGCGUUCACACUCGCAGAAGCAGAACUAGGAAUUCCAAGGCUCCUUGAUGCAGAAGAUGUGGAUGUUGAUAAGCCAGAUGAAAAGUCUGUCAUGACCUAUGUAGCCCAGUUUUUGAAGUACUAUCCUGAUCCUCAUCAUACAGGGACUGAUGUGCAGGACAAUGAUAAGGAAGACAGGCUGAUGCUGAGAGACCUGAAAGUGUGGGCAGAACAAUUUGAAAGAGACUUAGCCCGAGCACAGGUGGCAGAAACAAGCUUACAGGAGAAAUACCAGUCAUUUAAGCAUUUCACAGUACAAUAUGAGGUAAAAAGGAAACAGAUUGAACUUGUAACCCAGUCAUUAAGGAAAGAUGGUAAAUUAUCCCUUGAUCAAGCUAUGGUGAAGCAAGCAUGGGACAGAAUUUCUUCCAGGCUACUUGAUUGGCACAUACACCUUGAUAAAUCUCUUCCUGCACCUUUGGGUACCAUAGGUGCUUGGCUCUAUAGAGCAGAGGCUGCUCUGAGGGAAGAAGUAACUGUUCAGCAAGCUCAUGAGGAAACAGCAAAUAUAAUACACCGGAAGCUUGAACAACAUAAGGAUCUGCUGAAAAACGUAGAUGGUCACAAAAAGGCAUUCCAUGAGAUCCACAGAGCCAGGUCUGUUAACGGAGUGCCUGUUCCACCUGACCAAUUAGAGGAUAUGGCAGAGAGGUUUAAUUUUGUUGUCUCUUCAUCUGAGCUCCAUCUGUUGAAGAUGGAGUUUCUGGAACUGAAGUACCGUCUACUGUCACUCUUAGUCCUUGCAGAAUCAAAGUUAAAGUCAUGGAUUAUCAAAUAUGGAAGGCGAGAGUCGGUGGAACUACUUCUUCAAAAUUACAUUUCUGUUAUUGAAAAUAGUAAGUUCUUUGAGCAGUAUGAAGUUACUUACCAGAUCUUGAAAAGAGCAGCUGAAAUGUACGCUAAAGCAAAUGGCUCAGUGGAAGAAGUUGAGAAUGUGAUGAAAUUCAUGAAUGAAACAACCGCACAGUGGAGGAACCUCUCGGUAGAGGUGAGAAGUGUAAGAAGCAUGUUGGAAGAGGUAAUUGCUAAUUGGGACAGAUAUAGCAGCACUGUGGCAGGUCUACAAGCCUGGCUGGAAGAUGCUGAAAAAAUGCUGAAUCAGCCUGAACAUUCUAAAAAGGAUUUCUUCCGGCACUUACCUCAUUGGAUCCAGCAGCACACAGCCAUGAAUGAUGCUGGUAAUUUUCUGAUUGAAACAUGUGAUGAGACCAUUUCCAGAGACCUUAAACAGCAGCUUCUGUUACUGAAUGGAAGAUGGAGAGAAUUGUUUAUGCAAGUUAAGCAGUAUGCUCGAGCAGAUGAACUGGACAAAAUGAGGAAGGAAUACUUGGAUGGUGUUGCCCAUUUGACAGCUUUUAUCGAUGGAAGCAAUAGGAAAUUUUCAGUCCCUGUAGAAGUAUCCUUCCUUGAUGUCAAAAUGUUUGUACAAGAUUUAGAAAAUAUUAAGCAGAAGUUGCCUGCAAUGGAAGCUCAAUACAAAACGGUUACAAGAACAGCGCAACUUGUUACAAAAGAAGUUUCCCAAGAAGAGGUGAAUGAAAUGCUUGGAACGUUGACAAGGAUCAAAGAGCAGCUGAGCAAGGUUAAGGAGUAUUCCUGUGCCCUGCUGUAUGAAUGCCAGCAUCUUCUGUCUCCACUGGAAGAACUGGAGAAACAAAUCACACAUUUUUAUGAAUCUCUUGAAAAAGUCAAUGAAAUCAUUUCUAUCCUGGAUCCUGAAGCACAACCUACAACUGUUCUUAAACAAAAAGCCCAAGAUUUGGUAGCUUAUCAAGAAAACUGCAAGAAAGAUUUGUCCCUGAUUGAGAGAAAUAGUCAGAGUAUCCUGCAGUGUGUGGCUUCGAGUGAAGUGUUACAGCAUUUCCAUCAGUCAACAUUUCAGAAGAAAGUUACACAAGUUCAGAUUACUUUUCAGAAUAUGGUCAGGAAAGCUGGUGACUGGAGAAAAAACAUAGAAGCAAAUAGUCGUUUGAUGAAGAAAUUUGAGGAGUCUAGAGCAGAACUGGAGAAAGUAAUACAGAUUGCCAAUUGUUGCCUAAAAGAAAAAGGAAAUCCUGAAGAACUUCUCAGGAAACAUAGCGAAUUCUUUAACCAGUUGGAUCAGAGAGUCCUAAAUGCCUUUCUGAAAGCAUGUGAUGAACUUACUGACAUCCUGCCUGAACAAGAGCAACACAACCUGCAGGAAGCUGUGAGAAAACUCCAUAGGCAGUGGAAGGAUCUUCAAACAGAAGCCCCAUAUCAUUUGAUUCACUUGAAGAUAGAAGUACAGAAAAGCAAAUUCCUGGCCACAGUGGAGGAGUGCAAAGCCGAACUAGCUCGACAGAACAAGGUGUUAUCAAGAGAAGACAAUGAAAGGAUGAUCAAAGAACACAUGUUGUUCUUCGGUGACAAGGGACCUUACCAGCUGUGCGAGAAAAGGCUACAACGGAUUGAAGAACUGUGCCAAAAACUGCCAGUUUCUGAUCCAGUGAGGGCUACAUUGGAAAGUAGCCAACGAAUCCUGAAGGACCUCAAAUCGCAGAUAGACAACACAUACGUAAAGCUAAAAGAGCACUCGGACACCUGGAAGGGCUAUAAGAACAGAUUUUCUGAAUUGACAAAUUGGAUUUCAACAACAGAAAGAGAGUUAAAGAAGAUAAAGGAAAGUGUCAAUGAUACUGCCAAAUACAAGCAAUGUAAAGCAUCCGUGGGGGAAAUUAGGAAGCAUAUUAACAAGCAAGGAGAAAAUCACAGUUGGCUGAAAUCUAGACUUGCUGUUUUGACCGCAGUAUGUCCUGAUUUGGAGGCCAGAAAGACAGAGGAUGAGCUUUGUAAACUUUCCAGUGACUUCAAGGGACUCCUAGAUUUGCUGGCUGAGAUUGAAAAGACAUUAGGCACUGUUGGAGACUGUGUCCAGUACAAAGAAGAAGUUAAAAGUGCAAUUGAAGACUUAAUCAACAACUCUAAAGAAGCCCAAGCAGAGGCUGAAAAGAUCCUGGAUACAGAGAGUUUAUUACAAGCUCAGCAACUACUACUUUAUCACCAGCAAAGGACAAGGAGACUCUGUGCCAAGAGGCAAGAUGUGCAACAGCAGAUUUCCCAAGCUAAACAGUUGCAGAUUGAAGGUGGACUGCCCACCACGAUGCAAGAGGAUUUACAAAAGUUGGAAGGAACACUGGAGAACAUGCAGCAGACUAUGGAGAAGCGUGAAGAGCAACUGCAGGUCACAAUAAAUAAAUGGGAGCAGUUUGAAAGGGACAAAGAAACAGUAGUAAAAUAUCUCAAUCAAGCAAGCUCUGCACUUGAACGUAUCUUAAACUUUAGCAGUUUAGAGAGCCUCUCCUCAGAACUGGAUCAGACAAAGGAACUUUCUAAACAGACUGAAGCAAUGGCACUGCAGGCUGAGAAUUUGGUGAAGAAGUCUUCUGAGAUACAGCUUGGUUCAAAGAACAAGCAGUCCCUUCAACAGCAGGCAAAAUCAAUCCAAGAACAAGUGAAAAAAGUGGAAGUUACUCUUGAAGAAGAUAUUAAAAGCAUGGAAAUGGUGAAAAACAAGUGGGAUCAUUUUGGCAAUAAUUUUGAAGCUCUGUCCAUCUGGAUAGCUGAACAAGAAAAAGAACUGGAAACUUUGGAAACAUCAUCAUCUCCUUUGGACAUACAGAUCAGCCAAAUCAAGGUUAUUAAUAAAGAAAUAGAUGGUAAAAUAACUGGAAUCUCAAAACUAGAAGAGGAAGCCGAGUCAUUUUCCCAGUUCGUUACCUCUGGAGAAUGUGCCCAUAUUAAAGCAAAACUGACUCAGGUGGAAAGGUAUUGGGAAGAGCUAAGAGAUCAUGCACGGAGACUGGAAGGAACAAUCACAGGGAAUGCAUCAGCACAGCAGAAAUAUGAAGAAAGUCUUAAAGAGGUGCAACGGGUAGUGUCUGAAUUUGAAGCUAAGCUAGCUGAGCCUCUCGCAUCAUGCUCUUCAGCAGCAGCAACGUACACAGCCCUUCAGGAUUGCACGGACCUUUGUCAUACUGUGGAAAAACUGAGCAACCCUCUGGCCUCUCUCUCAGCCUGUGCCCGAAAAGUGGCCAACAAAGAAAAAGCUGCUCAGGAGGUUACAGCAUUACAGCAAAAAUAUGAAAGGGUGCUAGAAAAUGCUAAGGAGAAACAGACCUUAUUGGAGACUCUUCUGGCUCAGUGGCAGAAGCAAGAGAAAGACCUGUCUGCCUUCCUGAGCUGGUUGGAGGGGUGUGAAGCUACAGCCAGUCCUUCAGAGCAGUAUGUUUCUGCUGACAGAGUUAAGCUGGAAGGUGAACUGCAGUCACUGCAGGAUCUGCGAGCAGAUAUUGAAUCCCAUGCUUCAGCCUAUGCGAGCCUGUUACAGUUAAAUGAGUCGCUGUUCCCAACAGCUUCAAAAAAGUGCAUGAAAACAAUAAAAGAAAAAUUUGAAGAGCUGGAUGAGAGGUGGAAAGCUUUACCACAAACUGUUGAUAAAAGGAUCAACUUCCUUCAAUCUCUUGUUGCUGAGCACGGGCAGUUUGAUGAGCUCCUGCUCAGGUUUUCAGACUGGAUUAAGCAGUUUCUUGCUGAACUACAAGCCACUUCAGAGAUAAACACAGCUGAUCAACAACUAGCUGCAUCUCACAAUAAGAACCACUCAAUGGAAGUCGAAAGUAAGAAACAGGAGUUACAAAGUCUGAAGGAACAUGUAGAUAAAUUGUGUUCUUUCAGCUGCCCAGAGGACCAGCAGACAUUGCAGGGAAAGACUGAAGAUUGCUUUCAGAUCUUCCAGGAGGCAAGUCAAAUAACUUGCCAAAGACAAGAGGCUCUGGAUCAGCUGCGGGUAUUCCUGGAGCUCCAUAGUGCUGCGUCAGGAGUGCUCCACCAGCUGAGGCAGACAGUGGAGAAAACAGGAAAUAUGGAUAAAGCUAAAUCUGAAUUACUGGAGAAGGAAUUCAAUGAUGUUAUUCAAGAUCUUAACAGGCUGGAAUCUGUUGCCAUCAGUUUGGACGGUUCCCUUACUAAGGCCCAGUAUCAUCUAAAACACAGUACUUCCGAGCAGAGGAUCUCCUGCAGGGCUGUGGUGGAUAAUCUGUGCUUGGAACUGGAGGCAGUUCAAAGCCUACUGGGAACCAAACAGAGUGAGGCAGAAGCUCUUGCAGCCUUGCGAAGAUCUUUCAUGGAACGUAAAGAACAGCUACUGAAGAGUAUUGAAGAUACUGAGGAAAAGGCUGACAAGGAAGGCCUGACGGAGGCAACACUACAAGCCCUCCAGCAAAGAUUGAGGAUCUUUAACCAGUUAGAUGAAGAAUUGAAUUCUCACCAGCAUGAACUCCAGUGGCUCAUGGACAAAGCAAAACAAAUAGCCCAGAAAGAUAUUACACUUGCUCCUGAGAUCGACAAAGAGAUAAAUCGUUUAGAAUCUCUGUGGGAGGACACCAAGAAAGUUAUACAUGAAAAAAAGGAACAGUCCUGUAUUCUUAUUGAUCUGAUGAAGGAAUAUCAGAGCUUGAAGUCAACAGUAGUGAAAGUCAUAGAGAGCGCUGACAGCGCUUCUGUGAUCAAAUCCAUUUGGAAGGAUCAUGAAGAUGUCAGGCGAACUUUAUCAAAGCAUGAAGCUGCCAAGAAUGAUCUGAGUGAUAAACAAAAAGACCUGGACACCUUCACCAAUAAAGGAAAACAUUUGUUAGCAGAAUUGAAAAGAGUGCGUAACUGCGACUCCACUGCGUUAAAAACAGAUAUGAACUGUACAGUGGACAAAUGGCUUGAUGUGUCUGAAAGGAUUGAAGACAACAUCGACCGGCUGGGUGUAAGCCUGUCUCUAUGGGAUGACAUCCUAAAAACUGGAGAUGAAAUGGAUGGAUGGUGCAAUAAGUGCAUUUCUCAACUGAAUGAAGGCAUCAGCAACUUGAGUAACAGUCAGAGAAUGGAGGUCCUCCUGAAAGACUUCCAGUCUGAAGUCAAGGAUCAAGAACUGAAGUUGGAGCAGCUUAGUUCCAAAAUUUCAGAACUCAAAGAACUCACCCAUAGUCAAGAGCCUCCUGCAGAUCUCCAGUUUAUAGAAUCAGAUUUGAGGCAGAAGUUGGAACAUGCCAAAGAAAUGUCAGAGACAGCAAAAGAGACACUGAAAGAUUUCAGUACUCAGAAGAUGCAGUUACAGAAGUUUAUUGAUCAGAUGACAGACUGGUUAACAGAAGUGGAAGAGACACUGUUAAGCUGUGCACACAGCCUGGAUCCCAAAGCUCUGAAUAAAGUGAAGGAAACACAGAAAGACCUUCAGCUUCAGAAGAGCAGCAUUGACUCAACCCGUGAGAACCUCAACAGCCUGUGUCGCAAAUACCAUUCUGUAGAGCUGGAAACUCUUGGUGGCACUGUCACUUCGUUAUUAAAGAAAUAUGAAGCUGUGAAUCACCUCUGUUCCAGAACACAGGCCAGCAUGCAAGAGUCCUUGGAAAAACAUUUCUUCCAUUCUAUGCAAGAAUUCCAGGAAUGGUUUUCUGGUGUGAAGGCUGCAGUAAAAGAAUCAUCUGACAGGUCUGGAGACAGCAAAGCCAUAGAGGCAAAACUACGUGACUUGCAGAGUGUGCUGGAUUCUGUUAGUGAGGGACAGAAAAAGUUAGAUGGUGCCUGCAAGGAAGGAGAAAGUUUGUAUGCUUGCUUACCCAAGCCAGUUGUGAGCCAUAUUCAGGAGCAAAUAGAGAAGUCUAAUCAGAACUUCCAGGAAUUCCUCAACAAGUGUCUGAAUGAUAAGGCGGCCCUGGAAGCUUGUGCCUCAGACCUGGGAAGCUUUGAAGAUCAGCACAAGAAACUUGGUCUGUGGAUACAUGCCAUGGAAGAAAGAAUAAGCGCAGAAUCACUAGGAGAGAGCAAACAGCUUAUUCCUGAGAAGAAAAAGGAGGUACAGAAAGUGGAAAAGUUCCUGGAAGAGUUACUGAAUUCAAGGGAAUCUUUUGAUAAGCUGUCUCAAAUGGCACAGUCUUUAAACGAAGAAGGCCACGGUGCAGGGAUGGAAGUGCGCCUGGCCUCUCAACAUCUCACCAAUUAUCAAAACAUGGUCAAAACUGUCAAGGAGAAGCUACGAACGUGCCAGCUUGCACUCCAAGAGCAUCUCACUUUGGAAGAGGCAUUGCAGACUAUGUGGUCAUGGGUGAAAGAGGUUCAAGAUAAACUGGCAUCAUCAGAGAGCACUGUUGGUAGCAAAGCCACAUUAGAGAGACGAUUGACACAAAUUCAGGAGAUCCUCUUACUCAAAGGUGAUGGUGAAGUUAAGCUGAACAUGGCCAUUGGCAAAGGAGAACAAGCACUUAGAAGCAGCAAUGAGGAAGGACAAAAGAUGAUACAAACCGAGCUACAGACACUGAGGGAUGUAUGGAAUGACAUCACCAGCACCUCAGUGAACUGGCAGAGCUGCCUGGAGUCUCUCAUUAGCCAGUGGAAUGAAUAUCUGGAAAGGAAAAACCAGCUGGAACAGUGGUUAGAGAAACUGGAUCACAAAGUGGAACAGCCUUUAGAACCACAGAUUGGUCUGAAGGAGAAGUUUGCUCAGCUGGACCACUUCCAGGCUAUUGUUUCUGAGAUAGAGGAUCACUCUGGUGAUUUACAGCAACUCAUUGAAAAAGCUGUGGAACUGUAUGAAAAAACAGAGGAUGCUUCUUUUGGAGAAGCAGCUCGAGAAGAACUAAAAAUACAGUUUAAUGACAUCACCACCGUGGCCAAGGAGAAAAUGAGGAAAGUGGAAGAUAUUGUGAAGGAUCAUUUGCUAUACCUUGAUGCUGUGCAUGAAUUCACAGACUGGCUCCAUUCUGCAAAGGAAGAGCUACACCGCUGGUCAGAUGCAUCUGGAGACACGUCAACCAUACAGAAAAAGCUGACUACAAUCAAUCCCGCCCGUGUCGCGCAGCUGGAGGGGCCCGUGGAGCGGCUGGGGGGGCUGCUGGCCGCCUGGUCGCAGAGCCUGGCCCCCAUCGACAGCCGGCACACCGACGCUGAGGUCGUGGAAAGCUGGCACAAGGAAAAAGAAACAUUGGAUGCUCUGGUAAAGUCUGAACAUAUGACAGAAGAGAUCAAAACUCAGUUAAAUGAUCUUUGUAGAUUUUCCAAAGAUUUGAGUACUCAUUCUUCAAAAGUUUCAGGGUUGAUUAAGGAGUAUAACAGCCUCUGCCUGCAAGCUUCCAAAGGAUGUCAAAGCAAAGAACAGAUCUUGCAGCAAAGAUUUCGGACGGCUUUCAGAGACUUCCAGCAGUGGCUGGUCAAUGCAAAAGUCACCACAGCCAAAUGCUUUGAUGUGCCUCAGAAUAUCAGCGAAGCUUCAGCAAGUCUGCAGAAAAUACAGGAAUUUGUAUUGGAAAGUGAGAACGGGCAACAAAAACUAAACCUGGUAGCAUCCAAAGGAGAGCUGCUGUGCUCUAUUUUACCGAAGGAAAAGGCUAAUGUUAUCCGUGACAAAUCUGCUACGGCUAAAGAAGAUUGGAAAAAUUUUAUCACCACCCUCCACCAGAAGGAAUCUGCAUUGGAGAACUUAAAGAUCCAGAUGAAGGACUUCGAAGCAACUGCUGAGCCUCUGCAGGAGUGGCUGACCUCAACUGAGAGGAUGGUACAAGGAAGUAGCAGUCGGCUCCAUGAUCUUCCUUCCAAGAGGAGAGAACAGCAAAAGUUGCAGUCUGUCCUUGAGGAAAUAAGCUGCCACGAGCAUCAGCUCAACAGGCUAAAAGAGAAAGCUCAGCAGCUGUGGGAAGAGCAAGCUGUCAGCAAAAGCUUUAUGCGCAGAGUGUCUCAGUUGUCUUCUCAGUAUCUUACUCUAAGCAAUCUGACAAAGGAGAAAGUUUCCAGAAUGGAUAGGGUCGUCACAGAGCACCAGCAGUUCUUGCACAGCGUCAAGGACCUCCAGGACUGGGUGGCUGAUGCAGUUCACAUGCUGGAUUCCUAUUGUCAUCCCACUGCAGACAAGAGUGUUCUGGACAGCCGGAUGUUAAAGCUAGAGGGACUGCUAGCAGUGAAACAAGAAAAAGAAAUCCAGAUGAAAAUGGUUCUGACAAGAGGAGAAUCUGUUUUGCAAAAUACUUCUCUGGAGGGAGUACCAGUGAUUGAAAAGCAGUUGCAAACCCUGAAGGACAGCUGGGCUUCUCUUCUGUCUGCUUGUAUCCAGUGCAAGAGUCAACUGGAAGGAGCUCUCUCCAAAUGGACAAGUUACCAGGAUGAUGUUCGUCAGUUUUCCAGCUGGAUGGAUAAAGUAGAAGCAAGUAUGAAUGCUUCUGAAAGGCAAUAUGCUGAGCUGAGGGAAAAAACAGCUGCCCUCAGCAAAGCAAAGCUACUCAGUGAAGAGGUAUUGAGUCACAGCAGCCUGUUGGAGACGAUUGAAGUGAAAGGAAGUGGGAUGGCUGAGCAUUAUGUCACUCAGCUUGAACUCCAGGACCUUCAGGAGCGGUAUAAGUUCCUCAAAGACAGAACAAGGGAGGCAGUAUCAAAAGCUGAAGGACUGCUUAACUUACAUCAAGAGUACCAAAGAAAUCUGAAGACAUUUGAAGUAUGGCUGGAGGAGGAACAGGAAAAACUUGACUGUUUAUCACACCUUGAUGGUGAUGCACAGAAACAGGAGGCAACACUUCGAGACUUACAGGAGCUGCAGGUCCACUGUGCAGAAGGACAAGCAUUAUUGAAUGCUGCUGUCCAUGCCAGAGAGGAGGUGAUUCCUUGGGGCAUUCCCCAGAUAGAAGACAGAGCCCUGGAAUCCUUACGGCAGGAUUGGCAAGUUUAUCAGCACCGGCUUUCUGAAGCAAGAAGCCAAUUAAAUGCCACUGUGAGCAGGCUGAGGUUAAUGGAGAAAAAAUUUCAGAAGGUUACUGAGUGGCUAACAGAUCUGGAGGAGAAAGUUGCUAUCAGGACUGGGAGGCAGUCUGGUAGAGCAACAAAGGAGAUGCAGCUUCAACAAAUGAAGAAGUGGCAUGAAGAAAUUACAGUCUACAAAGAUGAUGUGGAAGAAGUUGGGGUAUUGGCUCAGCAAAUACUAGAGGAAAGUUUCACUGCAAGUAGAAUGGGAAGCCAGGCUACGCAGCUUACGUCUCGCUACCAAACUCUUCUUCUUCAUGUCUUGGAGCAAAUAAAGUUUCUGGAAGAAGAGAUACGCUGUAUGGAGGAGUCAGAAUUGGCUUUUAGUGCUUACACAAAUUGGUAUGGAGCUACUAACAGGAACUUCAGAAAUGUGAUCACCAAGUUUGACGUGGUUGAUAAAACAGCGAUGGAGAAAAAAGUGCAGAAACUGGAGCUGCUAUUGAGUGAUAUGGACAUAGGCCACAGUUUACUGAAAUCUGCCCGUGAGAAGGGGGAGCGAGCUAUAAAGUACAUGGAAGAAAAUGAAGUUGACCAGUUAAGAAAAGAGAUUGGAGGUCAUGUGGAACAGCUUGAAGAGCUGGCUGGCUCCAUCAGGAAAGAACACAUGACUUCAGAGAAGUGCCUUCAGCUGGCAAAAGAGUUCUCAGACAAGUACAAGGCACAGACUCAGUGGGUCACAGAGUACCAAGCCAUGUUACAUGCUCCAGUGGAGCCAAAGAGCGAACUCUAUGAGAAGAAGGCCCAGUUGUCCAAAUACAAGUCCAUACAGCAGACUGUUCUGUCCCACGAACCUUCAAUAAAAUCAGUGAUUGAAAAGGGAGAAGCACUUUUUGAUCUGGUGAAUGAUGUGACUCUAAAGAACAACAUUCAAGACCUUCAGAGCAGUUACCAGGAUCUCUGCAGCACAACAAAGGCAUAUGUUGAAACUUUAGAGGUGAGAGUAAAAGAACAUGAGGAUUACAACAGUGAUUUGCAAGAAGGGGAGAAAUGGUUAUUACAUAUGUCCAGCAGGCUGGUCAGCCCUGACCUCAUGGAGAAUAACAGUCUUGAAAUAAUCACUCAGCAACUAGCUAAUCACAAGGCUAUCAUGGAAGAAAUUGCAGGAUUUGAAGAUCGUUUGAACAACCUUAAGAGCAAAGGUGAUUACUUGAUCAGUCAAUGCACAGAACAUCUUCAAGCAAAAUUUAAGCAAAACAUACAAAGCCAUCUUCAGGGGACAAAGGACAGCUAUUCUGCCAUAUGUAGCACAGCCCAAAGAGUGUACCAGAGUUUGGAACAUGAACUCCAGAAGCAUGUUAAUCAUCAGGAUACCCUACAACAGUGCCAGACUUGGCUGUCUACAGUGCAGUCAGAAUUAAAGCCAACUACCUGGCCACCUUUCAGCCUGGCAGAUGCAGUCAAACAGGUGAAACAUUUCCGGGCUCUGCAGGAGCAGGCCAAUACAUACCUGGAUCUUCUGUGCUCCAUGUGUGAUCUGUCAGAUGCUACAGUGAAGAGUACAGCAACAGAUAUUCAACAAACAAAACAAAUGAUUGAGCAACAGAUAAUGCACUCACAGUAUUUGGCUCAAGGUUGGGAAGAGAUCAAACAAAUGAAGGCUGAGCUCUGGAUAUAUUUCCAGGAUGCAGAUCAACAACUACAGAAUUUGAAAAGGAGACGGGCAGAGUUGGAGCUAAACAUUGCCCAGAACAUGGUACUCCAGGUUAAGGAAUUCAAUCAGAAGUUGCAGUCUAAGCAGUCAGCUCUUACCUCUGUGACUGAGAAAAUGAACAAACUAACCCAAGGACAGGAAUCGCCUGAACACAAGGGCAUAGGAGAGCUGAGCAACCAGUGGCUGGACCUCUGCCUUCAGGCACACAGUUUGCUCAUACAGAGGGAGGAGGAUCUGCAGAGGACGGGGGAUUAUCAUGAUCGCAUGAAUGUAGUUGAAGUUUUCUUGGAAAAGCUCACAAAAGAGUGGGACAACCUGGCUAGAUCUGAUGCUGAAAGUACAAACGUGCACCUUGAAGCUUUGCAAAAAUUGGCACUGGCACUACAGGAAAGGAGAUUUGCUCUGGAAGAUUUGAAAGAUCAGAAACAGAAGAUGAUAGAACAUCUGAAUCUUGACGAUAAAGAAUUAGUAAAGGAGCAAUUUGGUCAUUUCGUGCAACGCUGGACUCAGCUGGAGGACCUUGUUAAAAGGAAAAUUCAAGUUUCUGUUUCAACCUUGGAAGAACUCAGUUUGGUGCAUUCCAAAUUUCAGGAACUAAUGGAAUGGGCAGAGGAGCAGCAACCUAGUAUCUCAGAGGCUCUUAAACAGAGCCCUCCUCCAGAUUUGGCUCAGAGUCUUCUCAUGGAUCAUCUUACCAUUUGCAGUGAGCUUGAAGCCAAACAGCUUGCUCUGAAGAUGCUUGUGAAGGAUGCUGACAGGGUGAUGGCCAACCUAGGGCUCAAUGAAAGGCAGGAGCUGCAAAAAGCACUUUCUGAUGCACAGCACCAUGUAGAUUGUCUCAGUGAUCUGGUUGGCCAGAGGAGAAAGUACCUGAAUAAAGCGUUGUCUGAAAAGACCCAGUUUCUUAUGGCAGUCUUUCAGGCUACAAACCAAAUUCACCAGCAUGAGAAGAAGGUAACAUUUCCAGAACACAUUUGCCUGUUGCCGGAAGAUGUGAACAAACAGAUCAGGACUUGUAAGAAUACCCAGGCUAACCUGAAGGCUUAUCAAAAUGAAGUCAUGGGGUUGUGGGCUCAAGGAAGGGAUUUAAUGAAAGAAGCAACAGAACAAGAAAGGAGUGAAGUGUUAGGUAAACUGCAAGAACUACAGAAUGUGUAUGACACUGUUUUACAAAAGUGUAACCAGAGAUUGUUAGACCUGGAGAAGAAUAUAGUUUCCAGGAAAUAUUUCAAAGAAGACUUGGAUAAAGCUUGCCAUUGGCUAAAACAAGCUGAUAUUAUCACAUUCCCAGAAGUCAAUGUAAUGAAUAGUAACUCUGAACUGUACACGCAGUUGGCAAAAUAUCAACAGAUUCUUGAGCAAUCUCCAGAAUAUGAAAAUCUGUUACUUGCACUGCAAAGAGAUGGCCAAGAAAUCCUACCAUCACUUAAUGAAGUGGAUCAUUCUUAUCUGGAUGAAAAACUUAACCUUCUCCCUCAGCAAUUCAAUAUUGUCACUACUCUGGCAAAAGAAAAAUUAUAUAAAGUUCAGGAAGCAAUUUAUGCCAGAAAAGAGUAUGCCUCUCUGAUUGAGUUGACAAGUAAAGCUCUGACUGAGCUAGAAGAUCAGUUUAUUAACAUGGACAAAGCUCCAGCUGCUGUUUUAGCCAAAGAAGCUGCGUCACUCCAACAGGCCUACAGAGAUCUCUUAGGUGAAGUGGUGAGCCUUGGUGCAGCAGUGGAUGAACUAAACCAGAAGAAGGAGGCCUUUCGAAGCACUGGCCAGCCAUGGCAACCAGAUGAGAUGUUACAACUUGUCACGCUGUAUCAAAAGUUGAAGAGACAAAUAGAACAGAAAAUCAACCUGUUGGAAGACACAAUAGAGGCAUGCCAGGAGCAUGAGAAAAUGUGUAGGCAGUUUGAGGCACAACUAGAGGCUCUGAAGAAGGAGCAAAUUAAGGUAAAUGAAGAAACACUCCCCAUAGAAGAAAAGUUGAAAAUAUACCAUUCUCUGGUGGGCAGUUUGCAAGACUCAGAGAGUCUUCUGAAGCGAAUAACUGAACAUCUAGAAGCCCUUUCUCCUCAGCUUGACUCAUCUGCAUGUGAGACAACAAAUCACCAAGUGCAGUCUUGGCAAGAGAAACUGAAGUCUUUGCAUGCUGCCAUUGGUGACACUGUGAUGGAGUGUGAGAACAGACUUGUGCAAAGCAUAGACUUCCAGACAGAAAUCUGCCGCUCACUAGACUGGUUGAGAUGGGUGAAAGGAGAACUUAAUGAAACAUUGAGUUUGGACCUCAAACUGCAAAGCAUCCAAGAAGAAAUCCGGAAGGUUCAGAUACAUCAGGAAGAAGUGCAGUCAAGCCUGAGAAUAAUGAAUGCACUGAGCAAUAAAGAGAAAGAGAAAUAUAUGAAAGCGAAAGAGCUGAUACCUGCUGAUCUGGAAAACACUCUUGCUGAGCUGAUGGAACUAGACGGUGAAGUUCAAGAAGCUAUACACUUGAGACAGGCCAACUUGAAUAAAUUAUAUAGCCUCUGCCAAAGAUACUACCAAGUGAUGCAGAUAGCAAAUGACUGGCUUGAAGAUGCUCACGAAUUUCUACAUUUAGCAAGAAAUGGUCUUGAUGUUGAGAACUCUGAGGAGAAUCUAAGGAACCACAUUGAAUUUUUCAGCAGAGAAAGUCAGUUCAGUAGUCAUUUGAAGGAGUUACAAGGCCUUGUGUCUGAGAUAGAGCCCUUUAUCCAAGCCACAGCAAGAGAGCAGCUGACGCAGAAUGUAGCUGCGUUGGAGGAAAAGGUGGCAUAUCCAUCUUUUUUUUUUCUUUCAAGAUCCCUUUGUUGGUGUGCUUCUGAGUGGCAGGAGUACCAGACAGCAAGACAGAAGGUUAUUGAAGUGAUGAAUGAAGCUGAGAAAAAAUUAUCUGAAUUCUCAGUAGCUAAAGCUACUUCUUCUCAUGAAGCAGAAGAGAAAUUGCUAACUCAUAAGACUCUUGUAUGUGUAGUGAAUUCUUUCCAUGAGAAGAUCACAGCCCUAGAAGAAAAGGCUUCACAGCUGGAAAAAGUUAGCAAUGAUGCCAGUAAGGCAACUAUAAGUAGAUCCAUGACAACAGCUUGGCAGCGCUGGACACGGCUCCGGAAUGUAGCCCAAGAACAAGAGAAAAUUUUGGAAAAUGCUGUGCAGGAAUGGAAGGGCUUAAAUGAUAAGAUUGAGAAAGCCACCAUAGCAAUAGAUCAGCUGCAAGGUCGCUUACCAGAAAGCUCAGUGGAAAAGACAUCCAAGACAGAGCUCCUGGAACUCUUGGAUUACCACAGCAGUUUCCUUCUGGAGGUGGAGCACCAGCUGUCAUCUUUGGGCCUGCUCAAACAGCACGCAGUCAGCAUGCUUCAGGAUGUGGAAACAAAACCUCCGUCUCAGGAGGAGCUACCGGUCAUACAAGAAGUCAAAGCAAUGCAAGAUCGAUGCCACAAUAUGCAACAGAAAGUGAAAAAAGGUGUGAAGAUGGUGAAACAGGAACUUAAGGAACGUGAGGAGGUUGAAGCAGAGAUUAAUAUUGUGAAGUCCUGGAUCCAGGAAACAAAAGAAUAUUUAUUAAGCCCUGAUGUAGAAGUGGAUACUCAACUUCAGGAGUUGCAGUCUCUCCUUGGUGAAGUAACUACUCAUCACCAGACUGUUGAAAAAAUGGCUGAACAACAACAGAAUAAGUACCUGGGGCUUUAUACCGUUUUGCCUUCUGAACUCUCUCUUCAUUUAGCAGAAGUUGGGCUGGCCCUUGCAACUGUACAAGAUCAGAUUCAAACCAAAGAAAGAGAAACUCAGCAGAUCAAAACAUUGAAUCAAGAGUUUGGUCAGAAAAUCCAGGGGAUAGCAAAUGAACUAAAUGCCAUUCUUUCCAAACUGAAAAAGAAAACAAAUGAUAUAGCGCAGGCUAAACUUGAACAAAAGAUCCUCGGUGAAGAGUUGGACAGCUGCAAUAUAAAGCUGUUGGAAUUAGAUGCAUCAGUCCAGGACUUUGCAGAGCAGAACGUGCUGCUGUCUAAGCAGCUGGCUAAUAGGAUCGGGAAACUCACUGCAUUGCAUCAGCAGACCAUACAGCAGGCUGAGUACAGAGCAGCCAAGCUCAGUCAGGCUGCUUCACACUUGGAGGAAUACAAUGAGAUGCUGGAGUUCAUACUGAAAUGGAUCGAGAAAGCAAAUAUACUAGUGCACGGUAGUAUAACAUGGAAUUCUUCCUCUCAGCUUCGUGAUCAGUUUAAAGCCUACCAGAGUAUGCUUGAUGAGUCCGGGGAGAUUCACAGUGAUCUUGAGGCCAUGAGUGAGAGGAUUGAGUAUCUGGCAAGUGUAUACUGUACUGAAGGAAUGUCACAGCAAGUGCUGGAACUGGGGCGGCGGACAGAGGAAUUACAGCAAGUUAUCAAAGCACGGCUACCAAAUCUCCAAGAUGCUGCCAAGGACAUGAAGAAAUUUGAAGUUGAGCUGAGAGCCCUGCAGGCUGCUCUGGAGCAAGCCCAGGCCACGCUGACCUCUCCGGAGCUCGGGCAUUUGAGCUUGAAAGAGCAACUUUCUCACAGACAGCAUCUGUUGUCUGAAAUGGAGUCACUGAAGCCAAAAGUUCACGCAGUACAGGUCUGUCAGAGCGCCCUGAGGAUUCCUGAGGAGGUGGUCACCGGCCUGCCAAUGUGCCACAGCGCCCUGCGGCUCCAGGAGGAGGCCAGCCGCCUCCAGCACGCUGCCAUCCAGCAGUGCAACAUCAUGCAGGAAGCAGUGGUUCAGUAUGAGCAAUAUGAGCAAGAAAUGAAACAUUUACAGCAAAUGAUAGAGAGUGCCCAUCGUGAGAUCCAAGACAAGCCAAUAGCAACGAGCAACAUCCAGGAACUCCAGGUCCAGAUUUCACAUCAUGAGGAGCUGGCUCAGAAGAUCAAAGGAUACCAGGAGCAAAUUGCUGCUUUGAAUUCCAAGUGCAAGAUGCUGACAAUGAAAGCAAAACAUGCCACCAUGCUGCUGACAGUGACAGAAGUGGAGGGGCUGUCAGAGGGAAUGGAGGAGCUGGAUUCAGACCUGCUCCCAGCACACCCCACUCAUCCCUCAGUGGUUAUGAUGACUGCUGGUCGCUGUCACACGCUGCUCUCCCCUGUCACUGAGGAGUCUGGGGAGGAGGGAACCAACAGUGAGAUUUCUUCUCCACCUGCCUGUCGCUCAGAGACGUGCAUGGACAUUGCUUAUUACCAAGCCUUAUCUGCUGAACAGUUGGCCUUAUCUGCUGAACAAUUGCAGUCAGAAGCUGCUAAAAUUCAACCCAGCACUUCAGCCACCCACGAGUUUUAUGAACCGGGCUUAGAAUCGGCUGCUAGUGCCAAAUUGGAUGAUUUGCAGCGUUCUUGGGAAACGCUGAAAAAUGUGAUCAGUGAAAAGCAGCGCACCCUCUAUGAAGCUCUUGAGCGUCAACAGAAAUAUCAGGACACACUCCAGGCUAUAUCCACAAAAAUGGAGACCACUGAGAUCAAACUAAAUGAAAGUCUGGAACCAGCCAAAAGCCCAGAGAGCCAGAUGGCUGAACAUCAGGCUUUGAUGGAUGAGAUUUUGAUGUUACAAGAAGAGAUCACUGAGCUUCAGACAUCGUUAGCCCAGGAGCUGGUUUCAGAACCACUGGAUGCAGAAGCUGCUGAUCAGCUGGCAUUGCAGUCCACCCUCACGGUCUUGGCAGAACGAAUGGCCACAAUUCGAAUGAAGGCAUCAGGAAAAAGACAACUAUUAGAGGAAAAACUGAACGAGCAGCUGGAAGAACAGCGGCAAGAGCAGGCUCUUCAAAGGUACCGUUGUGAAGCUGAUGAGCUUGACCACUGGCUACUCAAUACCCGAGCAACACUGGACACCACUCUGGUUACUGCUGAAGAACCUAUGGACAUGGAAGCACAGCUGGUAGACUGUCAGAACAUGCUGGUUGAAAUAGAGCAGAAGGUGGUAGCCUUGUCAGAGUUGUCUGUGCACAACGAGAACUUACUUAUGGAGGGGAAAGCUCACACCAAGGACGAGGCAGAGCAGCUGGCUGUGAAGCUCAGGACGCUGAAGGGCAGCCUUCUGGAGCUGCAGAGAGUGCUCUACGACAAACAGAUCAACAUUCGGCAGGGAUCAUUACAAGAAAAGGAGGAGAGUGAUCUGGACUUUGUUUCCUCACAAAGCCCCAGUGUCCAGGAAUGGCUGGCACAAGCAAGAACCACUCGCUCACAACAGCAGCAGAGCACCCUGCAGCAACAGAAAGAGCUGGAACAAGAGCUAGAAGAGCAGAAGAAUCUGCUUCGGUCAGUAGCAUGCCGUGGAGAAGAAAUCCUAACACAGCAAGGUGCUCCAGAAGGCCUAUGUAUAAGUGAGAAGCCUGAUAUGCUCUCUGAGGAAUUAUGCUUGGAAGGUGAGAAGCCAUCAUCUGAAGAACAGAUGAAGAUGAAAUGGGAAAGCCUGAACCAGGAAUUCAAUACCAAGCAGAGACUGCUCCAGAAAGCUUUGGAACAAGAACAGCUGCAGCUUUAUAGCAGACCAAACAGACUGCUAUCUGGAAUGCCUUUGUAUAAGGAGGAAGGACAGGAUGAGGAUAAAUCCUCCAUGUCACCAGUAUUGGUUGAAUUGAAUCAGGCCUUUGAAGAUGCAUCAUCUGAGGCUGGAUGGGUGGAGGAGAGCUUGCAUCUUGAACAGAAGCUGUAUGAUGGUGUCACAGCCACCUCCUUGUGGCUGGAUCGUAUGGAAGAACAGGUCUUUGUUGCUACAGCUCUGUUGCCAGAGGAAGAAACAGAAACAUACCUCUGCAAGCAAGAGUCUCUUGCCAAGGAAAUCAAAGAGAUAACAGAAGAAAUGCAUAAGAACAAGAAUCUGUUUGCUCAGCUCUUUCCUGAGAAUGGUGAUAAUAAGGAUAUUAUAGCAGACACUUUGGAUUGUCUCUUGAGAAGACUGACCUUACUGGAGUCAGUAGUUAACCAAAGGUGCCAUCAGAUGAAAGAAAGGCUCCAGCAAAUAGCGACUUUCAAGAAUGACCUGAAGCUCCUGUUUACAUCGGUGGCUGAUAACAAAUAUUUAGUUCUACAGAAACUAGCAGAGGCAGCUGAGAGACCAGAAACAGAACAAAUGCAGGUCAUACUGCAAGCAGAAGAAGGUUUGAAAGAACUAGAUACUGGAAUCAAUGAAUUAAAGAAGCAUGUAGACAAGCUACAGAUUGACCAACCUUCUAUGCAAGAGCUGUCUAAGAUCCAGGAUAUGUAUGAUGAGCUGAUGAUGAUAAUUGGAUCCAGACGGAGCGACCUGAAUCAGAAUCUGGCUCUUAAGAGGCAAUAUGAACGGGCUUUGCAGGACCUGGCUGACCUGUUAGAAACGGGUCAAGAAAAGAUGGCUGGUGACCAGAAAAUGAUUGUUGCUUCUAAAGAAGAGGUUCGAUCGCUACUUGACAAACAUAAGGAAUAUUUUCAGGGGUUGGAGUCUCACAUGAUCCUGACAGAAACACUCUUUAGAAAGAUGAGUAGCCUUGCCCUCUUGAAGGAAACUCAGUCACAUUCAGAGCUAAUGACACAAGCUUCAGCUGUGUUGAAGCUGGCUCAUAAACGAGGUGUGGAGCUGGAAUACAUUCUAGAGACCUGGAUGCAUCUGGAUGAAGAUUACCAGGAACUUACCAGACAGCUGGAGUCUGUUGAAGGUAGCAUCCCUAUAGUUGGUUUGGUGGAAGAGACAGAAGACAGGCUUACAGACCGGAUUGCGCUUUUUCAGCAUCUGAGAUCUAACCUGACUGAAUACCAACCUAAAUUAUACCAAGUGCUAGAUGAUGGGAAAAGGCUCCUUUUUUCUGUUAGCUGCUCAGAUCUCGAAAGUCAACUGAACCAACUAGGAGAACACUGGUUAAGUAACACCAGCAAGGUUACCAAGGAGCUUCACAGGCUGGAGACAAUACUGAAGCACUGGACAAGAUAUCAAAGUGAAUCAAGUGAACUUACACAUUGGUUACAAUCUGCAAAGGAGCGACUUGAGUUUUGGAGUCAGCAGUCUUUGACAGUUCCUCAGGAACUGGAAACAGUCCGAGACCACCUGAACGCCUUUUUGGAGUUCUCCAAAGAAGUGGAUGCUAAAUCAUCACAGAAGUCUUCUGUCCUGAGUACCGGGAACCAGCUCCUCAGGCUGAAGAAGGUGGAUACAGCAGCAUUGCGUGCGGGAUUGUCUCAUAUUGACAGUCAGUGGACAGAGCUGCUCACACAAAUCCCAACAGUACAGGAGAAAUUGCACCAGCUCCAGAUGGAUGUAGUAGGGCAGAAAGUCAUUCAGGAUUACAUCCAGAAGUACAAGGGCUUCAAAAUAGAUUUAAAUUGCAAACAAUUGACGGUAGACUUUGUGAACCAAUCAGUGCUACAAAUCAGCAGCCAGGAUGUUGAAAGUAAACGAAGCGACAAAACUGAUUUUGCAGAACAGCUUGGAGCAAUGAACAGACGUUGGCAAAUCCUGCAAGGCCUGAUAACAGAAAAGAUCCAGAUGUUGGAAAGUCUGCAGGAAUCCUGGACAGAGUAUGAAAAUAAUGUGCAGUGCCUAAGAACUUGGUUUGAAACUCAAGAGAAGAAGCUGAAACAGCAACAGAAAAUUGGAGACCAGGCUUCAGUACAGAAUGCUUUGAAAGACUGUCAGGAAUUAGAAGAAUCAAUAAGAGCAAAGGAAAAAGAAGUAGAAAAUGUAGAACAGAGUGGUCUUUCUUUGAUACAGAACAAGAAAGAAGAAGUCUCUUCUGCUGUUAUGAAUACACUGCAAGAAAUUAACAAUUCCUGGGCCAGUUUGGAUCACAUGGUUAGCCAACUGAAGAUAUUGUUGCAAUCUGUUCUUGAUCAGUGGAGCAUUUACAAAGUGGUUUAUGAAGAACUGAAUAGUUACCUGACAGAAGCCAGAUAUUCUUUGUCCCGUUUUUAUCUUCUUACUGGUUCUUUGGAAGCUGUGAAAGUCCAAGUUGAUAAACUUCAGAGCCUACAAGAUGAAUUGGAAAAGCAAGAAAAUAGCUUACAGAAAUUUGGUUCUGUGACCAAUCAACUUCUGAAAGAAUGUCACCCACCAGUGACUGAAACACUUACCAACACUUUGAAAGAAGUGAAUAUGAGGUGGAACAACCUUCUGCAGGAGAUUGCAGAGCAGCUGCAUGCCAGCAAGGGCCUCCUUCAGCUGUGGCAGAGGUACAAGGACUGUUACCAGCAGUGUUCUUCCACAGUCCGUCAGCGCGAAGACCAGGCCAAUGAACUCCUGAAGACUGCUACCAGCAAAGACAUUGCUGAUGAUGAAGUUACUACUUGGAUUCAGAACUGCAAUGAUGUACUCAUAGAUUUGAAGACUGCACAGGAGUCACUGGUUGUUCUUCAAGAACUGGGAGAGGAGCUAAAAAGCCAGGUGGAGGCUUCAGCAGCAGCAGCUAUACAGUCUGAUCAUCUUUCUCUGAACCAGAAUCUGUCAACCCUAGAACAGGCUCUCCGCAAGCAACAGACUGUACUUCAGGCUGGAGUGCUGGACUUUCAAACUUUUGCCGAGAACCUGCAAGUUCUUGAGGCCUGGAUAACAGAAGCAGAAGAAAUAUUGAAAGGACAGGAUCCCAGUCACUCAUCUGAUCUCUCAGCAAUACAGAGUAGAAUGGAGGAACUCAAGAGUCAGAUGCUGAAGUUCAGCAGCAUGUCCUCGGAUUUGGACCGUCUUAAUGAGCUGGGUUACAGGCUUCCUCUGAAUGAUAAAGAAAUCAAAAGGAUGCAGAACCUGAACAGACAUUGGUCUCUGAUCUCAUCUCAGACUACGGAGAGAUUCAGUAAGCUGCAAUCUUUCUUGCUCCAGCAGCAGACCUUCCUGGAGAAAUGUGAGACUUGGAUGGAUUUAUUAGUUCAGACUGAGCAGAAGAUGGCAGCAGAGAUUUCAGGAAACUACCAGAGCCUUUUAGAGCAACAGAGGGCACAUGAGCUAUUCCAGGCAGAGAUGUUCAGCCGCCAGCAGAUUUUGCAUUCAAUUAUCUCUGAUGGGCAGCACCUCCUAGAACAAGGCCAGGUGGAUGACAGGGAUGAAUUUAACCUGAAGCUGACUCUUCUAAGUAAUCAAUGGCAAGGAGUAAUUCGCCGGGCACAGCAGAGGAGGGGGAUCAUUGACAGCCAGAUUCACCAGUGGCAACGCUACAGGGAGAUGGCAGAGAAGCUGCGCAAGUGGCUGGUGGAAAUAUCCUGUCAGCCAGUGAGUGGGCUGGGCACCGCUCCUAUCCCAUUGCAGCAAGCCAGAGCGCUACUGGAUGAAGUGCAGCUUAAAGAGAAAGUUCUCCUAAGACAGCAAGGGAGUUAUAUCCUCACUGUGGAAGCUGGGAAGCAACUGCUGCUCUCUGCUGACCCUGGAGCUGAGGCAGCCCUGCAGACAGAGCUUACCGAAAUUCAGGAGCGCUGGAAGAAAGCUAGCACCCAACUGGAGCAACAAAAGAAACAGCUUGCUUUACUACUGAAAGACUGGGAAAAAUCUGAAAAGGGCAUAGGAGACUCCCUGGAGAAACUAAGAUCAUUCAAAAAAAAGCUUUCUCAGCCUUUGCCAGAACACCAUGAUGAGUUGCAUGCAGAACAGAUUCGUUGCAAGGAGUUAGAGAAUGCUGUUGAAGGAUGGAGAGAUGACCUUGCCCACCUCUCUCUGCUGAAGGACACCCUGUCUAUAUACAUCAGCGCAGAUGAUAUCUCCAUCCUCAGUGAGCGCAUAGAGCUUCUGCACAGACAGUGGGAGGAGCUGUGCCACCAGGUCUCCUUACGUCGACAACAAGUUAGUGAGAGGCUGAAUGAGUGGGCUGUCUUCAGUGAGAAGAACAAGGAGCUCUGUGAGUGGCUGACACAAAUGGAAAGUAAGGUUUCUCAAAAUGGCGACAUCCUCAUAGAAGAAAUGAUUGAGAAACUUAAAAAGGAUUAUCAAGAGGAAAUCGCUGUAGCCCAGAAGAACAAAAUCCAGCUCCAGCAAAUGGGAGAGCGACUUGCUAAAGCCAGCCAUGAGAGUAAGGCAUCAGAGAUUGAGUACAAACUUGGCAAGAUCAAUGACAGGUGGCAACAUCUUCUAGAUCUUAUUGCAGCCAGGGUAAAGAAAUUGAAGGAGACCCUUGUUGCAGUGCAACAGCUGGAUAAAAACAUGAGUAGCCUGAGAUCUUGGCUUGCCCACAUUGAGUCAGAGCUGUCCAAACCUAUUGUCUAUGAAACUUGUGACUCUGAGGAGAUACAAAGGAAGCUAAAUGAACAGCAGGAACUUCAGAGGGACAUAGAGAAACACAGCACUGGAGUGGCAUCUGUUCUCAAUCUGUGUGAAGUGCUUCUUCAUGACUGUGAUGCUUGUGCCACAGAAGCAGAGUGUGACUCUAUCCAGCAGGCUACACGCAAUCUGGACAGAAGGUGGAGGAACAUUUGUGCAAUGUCAAUGGAAAGGAGGCUUAAGAUUGAAGAGACAUGGCGGCUAUGGCAAAAGUUCUUGGAUGACUACUCUAGAUUUGAAGACUGGCUAAAAACCUCUGAGACGACAGCUGCUUUCCCGAGCUCCUCUGGUGUGCUUUACACGGUUGCUAAGGAAGAACUGAAGAAAUUUGAGGCCUUCCAGAGACAAGUGCAUGAAUGUCUGACUCAGCUGGAACUGAUCAAUAAACAGUAUCGCCGCCUGGCCCGGGAGAACCGCACUGACUCUGACUGCAGCCUCAAGCAGAUGGUUCAUGAGGGGAACCAGAGAUGGGACAACUUACAAAAGCGAGUUACCUCCAUCCUGCGCAGGCUAAAACAUUUUAUUGGCCAGCGUGAGGAGUUUGAGACAGCACGUGAUAGCAUCCUGGUAUGGCUAACAGAGAUGGACCUGCAGCUGACCAACAUUGAGCAUUUCUCAGAGUGUGAUGUCCAAGCAAAGAUAAAACAACUUAAGGCUUUCCAGCAAGAGAUUUCACUGAACAACAACAAAAUUGAGCAGAUAAUUGUGCAGGGUGAGCAACUCAUUGAGAAAAGUGAGCCCAUAGAUGCAGCUGUCAUUGAAGAAGAACUAGAUGAGCUGCAUCGUUACUGUCAAGAGGUCUUCGGCCGCGUCGAACGCUAUCACAAGAAACUCAUUCGCCUUCCUCUGACAGAUGACGAACAUGACCUCUCUGACAGGGAGGUGGAUCUGGAUGAAUCAGCAGAUCUCUCUGACAUACACUGGCAUGACAAAUCUGCGGACAGCGUUCUCUCCCCACACCCUUCUUCCAACAUUUCGCUGCCUCUUUCCCAGCCGGUGAGAAGCGAACGAUCAGGGCGAGAUACCCCUGCGAGCGUGGACUCCAUUCCCCUGGAGUGGGAUCAUGACUACGACCUUAGCAGAGACCUGGAGACAGCCGUUUCACGGGAACUGCACUCUGAGGAAGAAGACGGAGGGCAAGAGAAGGAUUUCUACCUGAGAGGAGCAACUGGUAUAGCAGAUGUAGAGAUCCCUGAAACUCUUGAGGCCUAUGUAACACUCACAGAAAACGCACUCAAAAAUACCUCUGGAGAACCUGGUGCCCUUGAAGCACAUAUCCGACAGCUGGACAAGGCCUUAGACACCAGUCGUUUCCAAAUACAGCAAACAGAAAACAUCAUCCGCAGCAAAACACCUACAGGACCAGAGCUGGAUUCCACUUACAAAGGAUAUAUGAAGCUACUCAGUGAGUGCAGUGGAAGCAUAGACUCGGUAAAAAGGCUUGGAUAUAAACUGAAGGAGGAAGAAGAAAAAUUAUCUGGAUUUAUUAACCUGAACAGUACUGAAACACAAACAGCUGGUGUAAUUGACCGAUGGGAAUUAAUCCAGGCUCAAGCUCUAAGCAAGGAGCUGAGGAUGAAGCAGAACCUUCAGCAAUGGCAGCAGUUUAACUCUGACCUUAAUAGCAUUUGGUCUUGGUUGGGAGAAACUGAAGAGGAACUGGAGAAGCUCCGCCGCCUUGAUCUCAGCACUGACAUACAAACUAUUGAGCUCAGAAUUAAAAAACUGAAAGAGCUGCAGAAAGCAAUUGAUAACCGCAAAGCGAUCAUCUUAUCCAUCAAUCUGUGCAGCUCAGAGUUCACUCAGUCUGACAGCGAAGAGAGCAAGAAGCUUCAAGAGCGCCUGUCUCAGAUGAAUGUGCGCUGGGACCAUGUAUGCAAUAUGAUCGAAGAGUGGCGCUGCUCAUUGCAGGAUGCAUUAAUGCAGUGCCAGGAUUUCCAUGAAAUGAGCCAUGGUUUGCUGCUUUGGUUAGAGAAUAUUGACAGAAGAAAAAAUGAGAUUGUGCCCAUCAAUCCAAACCUGGACUCAGAAACACUGCAGGAUCAUCACAGACUUCUCCUGCAAAUCAGACGAGAACUGCUGGAGUCUCAGUUGAAGGUGGCGUCACUGCAAGAUAUGUCCUGCCAAUUGCUAGUCAAUGCUGAAGGCAAGGAUUGUCUUGAAGCCAAAGAAAAGGUGCAUGUCAUUGGAAACAGACUGAAGCUCCUCUUGAAAGAGGUCACACGUCAUAUUAAAGACCUAGAGAAGAUUCUAGACAUUUCAAGUAGUCAGCUGGAAUUGUCCUCAUGGUCUUCUGCUGAUGAAUUAGACACAUCGGGCUCAGUGAGUCCUGUAUCUGGAAGAAGUACUCCAAGCAGACAGAGAACGCCACGGGGCAAAUGUAGUCUCUCACAGCCUGGACCCUCUGUCAGCAGUCCACAUAGCAGGUCCACAAGAGGUGGCUCAGGUUCCUCCCCUUCUGAGGCCGGGCCAGCAUGGCGGCGCCCGUCCUUCUUCCUCAGAGUCCUCAGAGCUGCUCUGCCACUUCAGCUUCUCUUGCUGCUCCUGAUCGGGCUGGCUUGCCUGGUGCCAAUGACCGAGGAGGACUACAGCUGUACUAUGGCCAACAACUUUGCCCGCUCUUUCCACCCCAUGCUAAAAUACAUGAAUGGUCCACCUCCGUUAUGAAGGAGACCCGUGAGGCAGCAGGUGACCUUGCUGGAGCGCUAGCUGGGAGGCAGGAUGGUUUUAAGGGGUGACAAGAUUCGGUGCGGCAGCUUUACCUACCUGCUGUAGCCACCGCUGUGUCCAUAUCAUUCUCUGCUGGCACUCAGCUAGUAACACAUCAGUGUAUCAGUAUCAAACUGCACAACGUAUUACCUGAGUAGCAUUGUUUCUAUACUCGCAUCCCAGGUACUAGGGAGGAUGUGACAUGUGUGAGGGAAAUGUCCUUCUGUCCAGCAUUCUGGAUCUUUUAGCCACUUUAUAUCCAGGUCAUUGCCCUGUACUAUGCAUAGCCAAGGACUCGAUACUGUAGAUCCUUUCCUGUGUGCUGCUCUAAAUGAGCCAUUAGCCAGUCUUUGUUAACUACCCUCUCAGUAUCUACAGUAUACAAAAUAACCAAUGCUAAAGAAAUUUUAGAGCAUUUGUAACAUACAGUUUUAAAGGAUCUUGUAUGGCAAUGUAUUAUUCCCCGUGGUUUCUGUUUCGGGCAUGGUGUUCAGACUUUUGCUUUGGAUGCACAAGGUGUAAAUCUGAGAAGCACUUUUUUAAGGUUUAAAAAAAUGGAUGUAAUAAAUAAGAUCGUAAAAGGUUUUAUGAGGAAAAAUGUUGAAUGUCAAGUUUAAAAACAAAGAACAUAUUUAUGUAUGUACAGUUUGCUAAGCCAAGUUUUGUUUGUAUUGAUUUCUUUGCAUUUAUUAUAGAUACCAUAAAAUAUUUUGUCUACGUGCUUUUUAAUGACACAUAUGGAAACCUCUAAGUUUAGAAUGAGAUAUGUAUGGUAUAAAAAAAUUAGAAGACGUAC